AGCUACAAAUACAAGUACAACUACAAAUAAAAUGGUUUCCUACUUUGUACCUCGCGGUCGCGUCCUGCUGAAGGCCGGCAACCUAAGAAAAGUGGUCCAGCCACACCAGCCGCAGCAACUACAACUACAAGCCGCCAAACCUACGCAGCAACAAAAUGGAAGCUGGCCUGUGGUGCGGCAUUUACGUCACUUCUCCUCGAAUUCCUCGUCAGGGAAUGCACCGCUGCACCGCCUCAAGCCGCAGACCCAGCAGCAACCGCAACCGCGCAAACAGCAGCUGAACCAUAACCAGAACCUUGCCCAAGUGCGUCGCAAUGUGCUCUCCCGGUGGACCGGCUUCCUUCUGCGCUGGGCCCCUAUGGGCAUAUGCGUGUUCGGGGCCAUCGAAUGGCAGUUUCAUAAGAAACGCUGCGAACGUGACGGCUCGCCACGCACCGCCUCGGAGUUCCAGUCGCGCGUGUACUGCUCGCUUCCGUUGCGGAUCAUCAGCCGCUGCUGGGGCUGGCUGGCCGCCUGCUACAUGCCAACGACACUGCGACCAUACGUCUAUGGCUGGUACUCGAGUGCAUUUAAUGUCAAUCUGAGCGAGGCCCAGUAUCCGGAGUACGAGCACUACAACAGCCUCGCAGAGUUCUUCACGCGUCCCCUGAAGGAGGGCGCCCGCACCAUCGAUGCCAAUGCUCCGCUCGUCUCGCCUGCCGAUGGAAAGGUUCUGCACUUUGGUAGCGCCUCUGACUCGCUCAUCGAGCAGGUGAAGGGCGUGAACUACAGCAUCGAGGACUUCCUGGGGCCCUUGCAGACGCUGGAGGAGGCCAAGACCGGUGUCAGCUACGCGCAGGCCCUGAAACGUCAGCGCGAUGGAACCACCGAAUUAUAUCAGUGCGUUAUCUACUUGGCUCCUGGAGACUACCACCGAUUCCACUCACCAACCGCCUGGCAGCCGACGGUGCGUCGUCACUUCUCCGGAGAACUGCUCUCCGUGAGCCCCAAGGUGGCGGGCUGGCUGCCGGGUCUGUUCUGCCUGAACGAGCGCGUCCUCUAUAUGGGACAGUGGAAGCACGGCUUUUUCAGCUACACUGCAGUGGGGGCUACCAAUGUGGGCUCCGUGGAGAUCUACAUGGAUGCUGAACUGAAAACCAAUCGCUGGACGGGUCUCAAUGUGGGUAAGCAUCCACCCAGCACCUACGAGUACGACGAAGUGGCCCUGGACGCGGAGCAGAAGCCAAAGGAGCUGGGCAAGGGUGAUCUAAUCGGGCAGUUCAACAUGGGCAGCACCAUUGUCCUACUCUUUGAGGCGCCAAAGAAUUUCAAGUUCGACAUUGUGGCCGGACAGAAGAUCCACGUGGGAGAGUCCCUAGGGCACAUUGUGGAGCGUAAAUGAUGAAGGUCCUUGUUCCAUGUUGAUCCCCCGAAGGAAGCCUAUUGUGAUGCCUAUCCAAGAAUCAGUUCAAAGCAAUGCCUGUCUCUAGCAAGUUGAUAGAUUGAAAAGUCCAAUCUAAUAAUCACAUUUUGUAUUACUGGAGCUCUCCUAACGUAUUUUUUGUGAACAUCCUGCUAAGCUAUGUGUGUGUAUUGUUGCCAUUUCUAGAGUCGUAAGUAAAUAUUUUAUACAAUAAAUGUCGAAAUGUCGUUUGAAUACAAUAAA